UCUCUGGGCGUCUUAAAUAGAACGUGCGCUCGCCGCUACAAAAUACCAGACUUAAACGUCACAAUAGACCCCGGAGUGAAGAUUGUGAUACCAGCACAAGCGAUACAAAUGGAUGAAAAGUAUUUCGACAAUCCAAAUGAGUUUCGUCCGGAAAGAUUUUCUCCGGAUGAGGAGAAGAAACUGAAUCAAUACAUGUAUAUGCCAUUCGGUCGCGGACCCCGCGCUUGUAUCGGAACUCGUCUGGGUGAGAUGCAAUCACUGGCGGGUCUGGCGGCCGUGCUGCACAAGUUCAGAGUAGAACCGUCGCAGCUGACGCGACGUGAUCUCAAGGUCAAUCAAUGGAUGAACGUCGUACAAGGAGUGAUCGGCGGUAUACCACUGAAGCUUACACUGAGAAAUACUUAGAAUAAGUAAAAA